ACGGCACCCGUCUGUCCCUGACACUAUAAAAACGGUGCUUCGCCAAAGAGAAAUUUAAAGCUUUACAACUCAACAGUGAAAUCAAGCUGAAAUACUUCAUUUGACUAAAGAAGCGCGAUCAAAAACUGAAAAAUGGAUCCUUGUGAAUGCUCUAAAACUGGCUCUUGCAACUGCGGUGGAUCCUGCAAGUGCUCAAACUGCGCAUGCACCAGUUGUAAGAAAAGUUGCUGCUCCUGCUGUCCUUCCGACUGCAGUAAAUGUGCUUCAGGCUGUGUGUGCAAGGGCAAGACCUGCGACACCAGCUGUUGUCAGUGAGGCCUGGUGCAUUACCGUGACAAUGCAGUCAUUCCCUACGAAAUUGGUUGUACCAUCUUGAGCCUAGACUUAGUACUUUGUCUGUUAAAUGUAAGAAAAUAAAUUCCAUUAAACUUCAA